UAGCCUGGGGACUAGGCCUUUCCGGAAGGACCGGCUCGGUGUCCGUGGCUAGGCCCGUGUUCCAGGCCCAGGCCGGUGUUCCAGGCCCUUGCUCGAAGACAGGCCGGUGGCAGCCGCAACGCUCCAGUGACGUCGGAAGGUGCAGGGAGCCGCUAGCUGAGGUGCCGUGACUCGCCGCCGAGCGAGCCGUGGAGCCGCAGUACGUGGCGGCGCCCUCCCCCCACCAGCUUGGCCUGAAGCGGAACUGCUGAAGCAGCGGCCUCACUAGCCGGCGGGACGAGGUGAACCGGGUCAUUUAACUGCCUUCGGGUGAUGAAUAAUCUGCAUAAUAAUCAGAUUUGAGGUCCACAGCCAUUUGUGGUCCUGCUAGAGAACGAUUAUUAUCGGUGGGUGACUGUGUGUUCUGAGGGUGCCACAGUGACUGCUUGCUCUUGAUAAGGCACGCGAGCUCUCCUGCUCUUUGGACACCUCGUUUCCAGUAAAACAUUCGGGUUUUUCUUUGGCUUACAUCUCUGUGCAAAAGGAAAGCUUUCCCAUGAAAGUGUCUCUGGGUAACGGCGAAAUGGGCGUUUCUUCCCAUCUGCAGCCUUGCAAGACAGGAACCACACGCUUUUUUACCAGCAAUACUCACAGUUCGGUGGUAUUGCAAGGUUUUGAUCAGCUUAGAAUAGAAGGAUUGCUUUGUGAUGUGACCCUGGUACCUGGCGAUGGAGAUGAAAUCUUCCCUGUUCACAGAGCUAUGAUGGCGUCCGCUAGUGAUUAUUUCAAGGCUAUGUUCACGGGUGGAAUGAAAGAACAAGAUUUAAUGUGCAUUAAGCUUCAUGGGGUGAACAAAGUUGGUCUGAAGAAAAUCAUUGAUUUUAUUUAUACUGCAAAACUUUCUCUAAAUAUGGACAAUCUUCAGGACACACUUGAAGCCGCCAGCUUUUUGCAAAUUUUACCCGUUCUGGACUUUUGUAAAGUAUUUCUUAUAUCAGGAGUCUCUUUGGAUAACUGUGUUGAGGUUGGACGAAUUGCUAACACCUACAAUCUUAUAGAAGUGGAUAAAUAUGUUAAUAAUUUCAUCCUGAAGAACUUUCCUGCUUUACUGAGUACUGGAGAGUUUCUAAAACUUCCUUUUGAACGGCUUGCCUUUGUGCUUUCCAGUAAUAGUCUUAAGCAUUGUACUGAACUUGAACUCUUCAAGGCUGCUUGUCGCUGGCUAAGGUUGGAGGACCCUCGGAUGGAUUAUGCUGCAAAAUUAAUGAAGAAUAUUCGAUUUCCACUGAUGACACCACAGGACCUCAUCAAUUACGUGCAGACAGUAGAUUUCAUGAGAACAGACAAUACUUGUGUGAAUUUGCUUUUAGAAGCUAGUAAUUACCAAAUGAUGCCAUAUAUGCAGCCAGUGAUGCAGUCAGAUAGAACUGCCAUUCGAUCUGACUCUACUCACCUGGUUACAUUAGGAGGAGUUUUGAGGCAGCAGCUGGUCGUCAGUAAAGAAUUAAGGAUGUAUGAUGAACGAGCACAAGAGUGGAGAUCUUUAGCCCCCAUGGAUGCUCCCCGUUACCAGCAUGGUAUUGCUGUCAUUGGAAACUUUCUUUAUGUAGUUGGUGGUCAGAGUAAUUAUGACACAAAAGGAAAAACUGCUGUUGAUACAGUUUUCAGAUUUGAUCCUCGAUAUAAUAAGUGGAUGCAGGUUGCAUCAUUAAAUGAAAAGCGCACAUUCUUCCACUUGAGUGCCCUCAAAGGACAUUUGUAUGCAGUUGGUGGGCGCAGUGCAGCUGGUGAACUGGCCACAGUGGAAUGUUACAAUCCAAGAAUGAAUGAGUGGAGCUAUGUUGCAAAAAUGAGUGAACCGCACUAUGGCCAUGCUGGAACAGUGUAUGGAGGCUUAAUGUAUAUUUCAGGAGGAAUUACCCAUGACACUUUCCAAAAUGAGCUCAUGUGCUUUGACCCCGAUACAGACAAAUGGACACAGAAGGCACCAAUGACUACAGUCAGAGGUCUGCAUUGCAUGUGUACAGUUGGAGAUAAGCUCUAUGUCAUUGGUGGCAAUCACUUCAGAGGAACAAGUGAUUAUGAUGAUGUUCUAAGCUGUGAAUACUAUUCACCAACCCUCGACCAGUGGACACCAAUUGCUGCUAUGUUAAGAGGUCAAAGUGAUGUUGGAGUUGCUGUCUUUGAAAAUAAAAUCUACGUUGUUGGUGGAUAUUCUUGGAAUAAUCGUUGUAUGGUAGAAAUUGUCCAGAAAUACGAUCCAGAAAAAGAUGAGUGGCAUAAAGUCUUUGACCUUCCAGAAUCUCUUGGUGGCAUUCGAGCUUGUACCCUCACAGUUUUUCCACCUGAAGAAAACCCUGGGUCACCUUCUAGAGAAUCGCCUCUCUCCGCACCUUCAGAUCAUUCUUAAGUCUAAGAUAUAACAACAUUGCAAUACAUUAUGGGUGAUCUCAGACUUCCCCUUCACUUGUAUCUUCUUGCAAUGAUUGGUACAGUUAUUAGAUGAUAAAGGUAAUUGAUAUUAUUUGUCUUGUUUGGUAACUUAGUACGUUUAUCAAAUGGUUAACAAAUGUAUUCAACAUAGUUAGCUGUUCUAACAAUGAAACAAGAUACAUAGAGAAACGUUUAGAUGUCAUUUCGUGAUGUUACAUAAGUUAAACUGUAGGUGGUAAUUUGUCCAUUAUUCUUCAGAGUUGAAUGUUUUCAUAUUUGACUGCAAAACAUCAAAGGGAGGCCACCUGCUCCAACCUAAAAUAAUAAACAAAUGGUUGCCAAGUAUUAUUAGCUACCUCCCUCUUUUCAUAGUUUCUGACAUACUUGUUAACUAAAUUAGAUUGUGUGGUUGCAUUCAGAAUAUGUGAAAUUUCUUAGGCAGAUAGUAGAAAUAAGAAUAUUAACUAGAAAAAAUGUUGUAGCACUAAGUCAGUAUUUGAUUAUCUCUAGAGAGAGAAAGAAAAAACACAUGUAAUAGAAAUAUACAUGCAUACACAUAUACAUACUGAAGUAUAUACAUAUACGCAGUUUUAAAAUGGGCACUUCAACUGUGGUGAAAUUGUUUCUCAAUUUAAAUUAUUUUCUUCCACAAAGCAGCUUUUACUAUUCAAAUGGAAAUUCUGUACCAGAGAAUAAAUGUGUAGAUAGUCAUACUGAAUAUAGAUAAAUUAGGGCUACAUGGUGUUAAGUUGGAAACUAAAUUUGUCAUUUGGUUAAAUUGUUACUUCAAAUGAAGCUUAUGUUAUUUGCUUGUAGAAUGUUUUCUAUAGAGUUGCCUUUACACCAAUCAGCAAAGGUCUGGUUUCAGAGAAUUACUUUUGCUCAGUAAAUUUAGGCUGUUCUUUUUUUCACCUUUUUGUUCAGUAAAGUUUA